AUGUACGGCGUCGAUCGAAACGACAAUCACGAUUUUCACAUAAUAACACCUAACAGACACAUCUAUACCCGUAUACGCGUGUUUUCGGAUCUUAUCGGUAAGUCAUCAUUAUUGCGUACGGCGCAUUGUUAUUUAUACAACACAAAUAUAUGUUUGUAGAGGCGUAAGUAUGCGCGAUAUAAUAUUAAUAUAAAAAUUGUGUAUAGCACACAACGAUACGAGCAAAGUGCGCGACGCGGGAAUGGAAUAAAUUCUAUAGAAAAAUACGUUUUCUGAGCGCGUUCACUGGUUUUUCGUAUCUACAACUAGUAAUAAAGUUUUUGGACCACGGCGGCGGUGCCGGGAAAAUUGUGUCGUUUUAAAUACCGCACGCUAUUUAUAAUACACGCGGCCCACCUGUUAACUCUGCAGGAAAAAAAUGGUAAUUUUUUUUUAGAUUCUGGGUGUAGCGAAAUUAAAAUUUAAAAUUUAAAAUAACACGAAUCAUAGUAAGCUCAUACAAUUCCCGCUGCGUUAAGAAUCUAAAUUUGGUAAAAAAAAAAUGACGUUUUAUCGGUUUUAUUUUUGUUCAAUCUAAUAGUGGUCUUGAGUCCGUUUGGACCAAUUUUUCUAGUAUACAUUUCAUUUGAACCAAUUUUGAAGACUCGUUUAGUUUUAAAAAAAUAUUAGUUUUAUACAGCCCAUUUGGACCUACAUUUCCUUCCCAUUUUAACAGGCUUAGAACUGUCUUUGGUAUGGUUCAAAAUACUGUUCCUUACUAGCAACACACAAUUUUACAAUUUGAAAGUGUAUUUAAAUCAGCACUGUGUGCAGAUUUUUCGAAAUCUGUAUGCAUAUUUUAGUUUCUGAGCGGAGCGAGGAUUGUAUUGGUUUUACAAUGAUGAUUAUUAUUUUUUUUUUAUGUGAACAUUUUUUCUACCAGAAAGCUUACUCCGAUUAUCAAGUAUAACACCUUUUCUGAAAACAAAUGUACGCUGGGUGGUAUUUUAGUGAGAUCUUUUUCUGAAAUUCUCAUUUAUGUUCGAGAUAAUAAGGCAAUUCUGGUUCUUUAGGUUAAAAAAGAUUUAAAGAUUAAAAAUAAUGUUAUUUUGUUAAAAUUUGUUAUUAUUAAGUUUUUAUUAUUUUAAUAAUCUUUUUUAAAUAAUCAUUGUUGUCAUGGAAACGCAUAUUGUUGAAAAAGCAAUACUAUAUAAACCAAGCAAUAUUAAAAUAAAUUUCGAUUUCAAUCCAUUCUUUUAAUUAUUAAUCUUUAUAUUAUAUUUUUUAAUUCUAUACUUAAGCAUUACUAUUAAUUGAACUCCACUCAGAAUCGUUUUUUCGUUAUCAUUGGUUUAUCGUUAUAUACAUAUACAUUAAAUUCCCUUCUGUAUUCUAUCUUCUCAACUUCCCCAUCUACAAUAGUGGCUGCACACAUGUGUGAAGUAUGACCGUCUUUUUUUUUCAUCUAAUUUUUUCCCAGUUAGAUUUUAACAUACAAUUUUAUUUCACUGCAUGUAUAUUGGUACAUUUCUAAGUUUUUGGAUGAAAAUAAACAAAAACAAUUUAUAGAAACGUAAAAAUGAUUUACAUACGAGCACACAUGUAUUGUAUACAUCAGCUGAAGAAAGAAUUUAGAAAAAAAAAAUGUACCAUUUCCAAAAACACGCAUGCUUUUAUUACAUACUAAAUUAAGAAAUACUUUGCAAGUGCAUACAAAUUUUUAUCCGAAAACAUUUUUAUCAUUAAAUUCGGUAUUAUCUCUUUCAGAGAGUAUACAUAUUGUAUCUUGGAAUAGUUUUUUACGGACACAAUAUAAUGAUUUACGCACUGGAAUAUUCUUUAUCAAAUCCAUUUCUUUUGAAAUAAUUUUGUUUUGUUUGGUUUGUAGAUAUUCUGUGCCUUUACGUUUUACAGAUGCCCCAAUGAGAUUCAAUUUGAUCGAAUUACCUUUUAGAGGAGGAUAAUUGUGAGGAAAAUGUUUGGAUUUAAUUAUUUAACUCAGUUUAUCACUAAUGAUAAUAGUCACGUUACACGAACGAUUUGUACACUGUAAACGAAUAUUAUUAAGUACUCUUUAAAAUCUUAUAUUUACCUAUUGAGUUUACAAUUAUCGACAGUUACCAGUGUGUUGCUCCGUUUGAUUUAAAAACAUUUUCGAUUUUAAUAUCCGUUUUAAUGACACGAAUUUAUGAAUGCACUGUGUACUAACCAAAAUACUAAUUUUUACAGGUGAUAUCGCAUACGUUAUGUUAAUAAUAAUAAUAAUAAAAAUACUAGGAUCAAUAAUAUUUUAUUAAACAGUAGACAAUUAUUAAAUAAUAAUAGUACUUAAUAGUACAUUUAUUUGACAAAUACUCAACAUAAUUAUACUAUGAGUUUAUACAUUUCUUAAAUAACAAACCUACAUACUUAAAAACCUAUAUACUAGAAAAAAAUAGCACAGGUGUUGCAAUGCACACGCAUUGUGCUCAAGUUUUUUUUGCGCCUUUUUGGGGUGAUCGAUCUUAAAUAAUAGACAAAAAAAUAAAAAAAACAAAUUCCUAUAAAUAAGAACCACUUUAGUGGUAAGUAUAUACAGGUGUCUUACAGUGUAAACAGUGUACAUUAAACAAUUGAAAAUUAAUUCUAUUCACACCAAUUGUCUAGAAAAACGGUUAUUAUACUAAGAAAUUAUAUAUUGAUUGGAUAUGAAUGUUACAUUAAAUUGUUCAGAACGAUAUCUUUCACAAAAUAACUGUUUUGAAAAUGUUGAGUGAUAAAACAAAGGUAUAUUUUGUCAAUAAUUAAGGGACGAAAAAAUAAAUUAAAUUUUUCUUUACACAUGUGUCCUCACAUAAAAUCCGAUUGAAAAAAAAAAUUUAAAAAGACGAGCAUACUUUACAUGUGAAUUGGUAGGCCAAUAUUUUAGAUGAGAAGUUGAGAUGGUAGAGGGGAAAUUUAAUGUAUAUAUGUACGCAACGAUUGCUAGCGAAAAACGAUUCUGAGCGGAAUUCGGUUAAUAGUGUUGUUUUAUCAACAAUAUAUAUGUCAUUGGGAUAUCAUUGUAGGACACCCUAUGUCACUGUAUAGUUUAUAUGUUAAACAUUUGUGGGUUAUUAUAUUAUUUCUCUGUUUCCAUUUCAAGAAAACUUUAAAAGUUAAAAGUAUCAAAAGAUGUAAUAUAUCGGUUGAACAUGCUUUAUCUACUUGUAAAAAUAAUCUUAAUCAGAAUAUUAAAUUUUAAAUGUUUAAAAUUAAGGUAAAGAAUUGUGAAAAUAUGAAUUAAAAUAAAUAUACGUGAGUGCUAGUGGUUAAAGUGAGUAGUGGGUACUUAAAAGGAGGACUAUAUUUAUCAAGAGGGCGUUCCCGAAAAUUAAACCCAACCAAACUUUCGGGAAACUCAUCACGGAGAAAAGGCUUUUAAAAUGUUUUUCUCCCACACACAUUUGUUCAUAAAAAUGAUAAGCUUAUAGGAUUUCAAAGUAAAUUGUAACAUCCUACUCCUGCCCAGAAAAAAAGUUAUUCACAUACUUUGCCUGUUCAGUAAGAUUAAAAUAAAAUUGAAUCUGAUGAUCACGUAUAAUCUAAUAGAUAUUAAAGAAUUUAUUUUCCAUAAAACUAAUUCAAGUUUUUAGAAUUGUAUAUUUUGAAGACUUAAAGGACACGAAUAAUUUAACCUUAAAUAAGAACGGAACUCUAUCCGCUGUCCCGUUUUUAAUUACUGGUGGAUUGCACAGUCUUAUGUAAAUUGAAAUUUGCGUAAAAAAUUACUGGAAAUAGAAUGGCACUUAAUAUACCACUAUAAUAUCAUCCCCCCUGGGAAAAUGUUGUCAGUCCGUCUGUCUUAUUUUAAUUUGUAGAAUUAUUAUAGUGAAUUUUAACUAUACCCGUAAUUUAACGUUAUAUUUUAAUUUUAAUGAAAUCGCUGUGCCUAUAACAAUAAACCGUACGUUUUGGAAUAUUACCUUAAUACGGUGUAUUGUUAUCUAAGUGAGAAGCAUUAUAUUAUUACUAUAAUAUUAAAUAUUGCGCAUUUGAUUCUUAUGCCACAACAUCCUGCGGGGUGUAUUUUGAUUAUACAAACGUAAGAUAGACGCGAAAGUUCGAUGUAACAUGCGACUCGCAUAUCAAUAUUCGACUGUGGGCAAACACAAAUCUACAUUCACAGCAUAAUAAUUUGUUGUUAUUUUAAAUUCUGAGUGAAAUAAGGAAUGUAUUUGGUUCUAAAACUAUAUUAGAUAUGUGCAAACAACUAUUCUAUCAGAAAUCUUCAUCUUUGAAUAUUAAAUUCAGGAAUGGUUUUUGAUAGUGAAUUUUGUCUAGUUGGUAGAGGAUGUAAUUUUUUGAUUGUUUUAAUGAUUUCGGAAAACCUUGAAAAACUGGAAUAUGUUCGCAAUAACGGUUUUUGUUGCCUAUUUUAUUUACUGGUGUAAUUAGGUGAGAAAAAACCGUAGAGACCAGAAAUUUUCGCCGAAUUCUUACAUCAGAUGUUUUUAGACGUGGUAAUUUUUAAAAAUUCCGACGAUUUUUUAAGCUAUUUACCAUAUACUAAUUUGAAAUUUGAAUAGUUUUUCGUUAGCAAUUUAUUGUUAAUUAGUUAUAAUUAGUAAUAUAGUUAUUUAUUAUUAAUUUAUUGUUACGCACAGAUAUUAAUAAAAUUACUUUAUAUAUCUUAUCUAUUCAACUGCCCUCCUACAACAACGGUAUAUCCAUCAGCAGUAUCAGCUCUUGUUUUAAUAUUUUAAAAAUAGAUUAAUACGAUUUUUCAAUAUCAUAGUGCCUUUUUAUCUGUAUUAGCGUUUCUAAACCUUUGUGUAAAUUAUUAUGUGACUCAAGAUAUUCAGAUACUAAAUUAUUUACACGACCUUUUUUUUAAAUGAUAAUGUCUAUAAUUUACAUGUAUCAAUUAGGACAAUUUAAUUAAAUUUGGUUUUUAAUUAAUUUCCACGUUAUAUACUCGUACCAACAUAAAUCGUAAUAACAUGUACAUUAAUAUACAUUUGUAUACCUACGUGUGUUUCCAAGUGAAACACGGAUUUAACAUUUUAAAAUUAUUACAUUUAAGCAUGUAGUGACGUCCUUGAUACUGUUUUACUGAUAAAUCAGUUUGUGCACAUUUUUUAAAAUAUUUUUUUUUCAACAACUUUUAAAAUAUUGAGGCGACCCAAACAGAAUUAUACGAGACCGAAAGAUUUGAGAGACGCUGAUAAAUGUUAAAUGCUCCAAGUAUAAACUAGGUAGUCUGUUUUAUAAUAAAAAAAAAAGAACAAAACAAAAAAAACCACACGUCUAAAAUAUUCAGAAUUGGGUGUAUUACGCAGUGCGCGGAUUACCGCCAUUACUGAAAAUUUAAUAAUAUACAUAUUAUAUAUUGUGCUUGCUGCGAUCUGACAAACCGCCGUCAAUGUCAAUACGCGUAAGUCUGUAGGUAACUAUAUAUAAUGUACAGCUUGCUGCUGCAUUUCCCCGGGGUGGCUGGCGGUUUUCUCCUAUAGAGCUUGUAAAACUUGUCGUGUGCGUUACACUGCGUAAUGCUUACCGAAAAUCUCGUCUGGGCCCUAAAGCGAAAAUAUUUAUUAUGCGAUGGAACGUUCCAAUUGGGCGGGGCGGCCCACAGGUUAGGUAUAAAUAAAUAAACGGCGCGAUGAAUACUUCAUUAAAAGCUUCAGUUGACUUUGUCUUGGUAGUCUAUGUAUACAUAAUAAAUAAUAAUAAACGACUAGAUCAGUUAUUUAUUAUACUUAUUUAUAGGUACGUGUGUGUAAAAUAAAAUGAUUUUCAAAAAAAAAUAAAACCAAAAAACUAAGUUGUAAACUGUUAAAAGUUUUGAAGUAAUAAGUACCGUCGAACGUAAAUUACGUCUUUAAAGGUACGAUAUGAAAAAAUCGGAGCAUUUUUACUAAAAGUAUUUCUCGGAAAAGGGGAGAGAAAAACAUUAAGCACAACUCACCGACUCAACUGCGACUUUCCGAUUAAAAUAUAAAUAUUACAAAAUCGGUUUUUAGAUUUAUCGUAGUGAUUUUUUUGUCGAUUUUAUAAAUUGCUGUAACUCAUCACUGCAGCUGUCAAAUAUGUACUUACAAAUUUCACAAAAUUCCAUAUUUUAUGUGAAAUACACAUGUAUGACAUGAAACACAUGACAUUAUAAUUCAAAUGGGUAUUGCAUUCUCAUAAUUACGUUAAAUCAUAAUAUAAAAAAAUUAAACUGAUAAAAUGUAUUUUGGCAUAAAUUAAAAAUAUGAUGAGUAACUCAAAAAACCCGUAUAAAAAAAAAUACAUAUUGAUACGAUGAUAUUCAAUAAAACAAUAAAAUAUCAAAUGUUAGUGGAAAAUGUUUUAUACUUAAACAUUGGUUUUUUAAAUUAUUAUACGAUUUAGCGAAGAAGAAAUAAAAUACCUUCAGCUGGUAAAAAUACUAGAAUAUAUAGAAUGAGAAUAAUAGAAUUUUCACAUCGUACUUAAAAAAGAGUUGAUUUUUCGAUUGAUUGUAAUUUGUUUGAAAUUUCUGAUACUUAAAAAAAAAAUGAUUUGUAUAUUUUUUUUUAGACAGCAGCUUAAAUUUUUCACGCAGUACUACGGAAUUUUUACCCAAUGAUAAUCUAUUUGAAACAUUUAUCGACAUUUUCAAUAGUUUACUCCCUAGGUUCAUUUUUGGUUUUUAUUACUGAAAGUUUACGUUUAUACUUAUAUGAAAACACAUAUUAUUUAGUAUAUCGCCCGUUAGAUAGAUAGAUGAUAGAUUGCAUAAAUGAAAAGCAAAUGGCGUUGUGUGGUGAGCAUAGGUUGAAAUGGGCAUUGUCCGCGUUAAAUUAUACGGUACGGCAGUGGCGGGGGGGGUGGGGUUAGGUACUUCCAAGGCUAAUUUUAGGCUUCUUUCGGACUUAAACUCGGUAAACUAAAGGUGUUAUUACGGAUAGUGUGUUCAUAUAUUAUUGUACAUUAUAAUAUUGUCUUAAUAUAAUAUAUUGACAGACGAUGCCGACUUUAUUGCAAGCUACAGUAUUGAUUAACCUAUCGAAUAGUGACUAGGUUGUACUUACGUAGAUAAAUGAAACUCAUUUGAAGAAAGCAGAAAUAAAUUAUUUAAAAAUUAUUAUUAAAUAACCAAUAAUAAUAAAUAAUAGUUAAAAUGUGAAUGUUUACAAGGGUGAAAGACGGAAAGGUUUAAACUUUAUUAUUAUUUACAAGUAUAGCUAAUAGGUAUAUAACACGGCUAAGCAUCCACCAUGCUUAGUUUUAUAAAUUAAAUGUAAGAAUGUGGCUGUAUACAACAACAUACAAACUUCCUAUUUACUUUCAACUUAAUAGGUAUUUUAAUAAUUAUAAUUAUUACCUAUAGGUACUUAUAAUAUAUAAUUGUAUACAAUAUGUUGGGGCAUGUAACGGGACUCUUUACCACUUGAAAUAACUUUUGUUUCAUUCAAUAUUUUUAUGUUUUUAUUUUUUUUUUCUUAGUGAUUAGUAUAACUCUGUGAUGAAAUUAAAAUAUUAUUACGUUUUUUAAGUAGGGGGUCUUUAAAUAAAAAGUUUUAAAUUUGACUAUACAUUUUUUAUAAAAAAAAAUUCUAGGUAGCUAUUUUUUAAAAUAGAUUUUUAGAAAAUUGUCGGUGGUUGAAACUAUUGUUUAAGUAUAGUAUUUUUUUAUAUUCUAAAAUUUUUCAAACUUUGGAAAAUGUGAAUAUUAUUGUGGUUUAUAAUUUACUAUAAUAUUUAAUCGAUAGCUAGUCAGUGGUAUAUAGUGUAUGAUAUUAACUCAUGGAAAAGAAAAUCCUUGUCAUUAAAUGUGUUCUGACUACAAUUGAACUUAAAGAAAAAUUUGUCUUUACCAAUCGCCGAAUAUAUCCAUCAAUUUAAAUGUCUAGGUAGUAUUAUAAUAUGUCCCCUAACCUAAUCUCCUAAAAAACGUAUAUGUAAUUUUGAGAAUACUUUUUCUUUUUUUUUUACGCACUUUUACAUAAUAACAAAAUUUUAUAAAUUCUGAUAUGCCAACGGAUUUAACAAGAAACCUAAUCUAACCUAACCUAACUUGAUACAUAUAUGUGUAUAAACAUUAUGUUAUUAUGUAUAUUAUACAAAUUCCAGCGUUUUAUUCGCAGUUGUAUGGUAUAUAUUUAUAUCUGCAGUGCUCUUCUCGCACAUUCUUCGUUCUAACGUUUAAGCGACUUGAGAAAGUUUCGUAUAUCAAACAGAGAUCAAUGUUUACGAUACCGAAAUCGUCUAUAUGGCUCGGCAGAGAGAGAGAGAGAGAGAGAGAGAGAGACAGUGAGAAAGGGGACGUUGCAUUUUUUUCCCCCCGUAAAAUUUCAGACAGUUAUGUCACGAAAGCCCUAUUAAGUUUCCUAUGGCCGAGCGAAUAUAUAUAUAUAAUAUACGUAUAUAUAUUUAUAUAUAAUGUAUGUACACGCGAGAACAUUAUAUUAAACUUUACAACGGUUUUCAAUAACUCGGAUUUAUAGCUUUUCGCAACCGAACGCGGCGGGUCUUGUUACUCCGACCGUAUACACACGCGUAUACAGAAUGUUCCGUUUUACCGUGCGCGUCUGCACGCGUAUUAUAUGUGUUAUACGUAAUAUUGUUGUGUAGUCUUUAAUCGUUUUGCAGAAACGGAAAGAGAAGAAAAAAAAAAAAAAAAACAGAACCCGAACAAUAAGCCAUUCGUGAAUGUAUAAAGAACUGUACAGUGCGUCACAACACUGCACGUAUUGCAGGUACCUACACGAAUCGUAUUGCGACUAUUGAAUUUUAACAUGUUCCGUCAUACGUUUAUACGAUACGUUUAUUGUGUUCAAACUUUUAAAACGAAUAUCGUAACGCAGUGUAUAUAUAUAUAUAUAUUUAUAAAAAAAAUAAAGUAUACUUGAGUACCUACUUCCAUUAUUGGAGCGCACGAUAUGUAGGCAUAUGUUACGGUGUAUAUGUGUGUAUACAGGUAUGGAUGUAUAUAUUUACAGACCGUAAUGAUUUUAUGAACGAAACAGUAGUAGACGUAUUUGUAGUGGGUAUUUGUGUUGCGAAGUCGUAUAUUGGUCGUUUUGUAUUUAUUUAUUUAUUUUUUUUUUUUUCGAUUUCGAGACCUUAGGGGGAAAAUCGUUUUCUACGCAUAUGUACACACAGUAUACUGCACGCGUACGCGUGCACAGCAAAAACGAGAUCGCCGGGAAACGCUCUUCGCACGUGAUCCGCCUAUUGUUUUUUUCUGUACGCCUGUAUGUGCGGGCCGUCUUUUUUAUUAUUAUUAUUAUUUUUUCUCUAUCCCCCCCUCCCACCCUCCCCACCCCCCGUCGCCGCCGCGGCGUAAUAUUUUUCCCGCCGCCAGACGCGGACGCUAAUGACUUUCAGCCCGUGCGCCGCGCCGUCCGUGUCCGGCCGCCCGCGCGCAUCCCGGGGUCAAUCAACGCGGACGUUAACAUCGGCGGAGCAGCAGCCGACGCCGCGGCGGGUUCGAUCGAAAGGAACGGGCCGAAUUGAAAUGCAAAACGUCGGGUUUCCCCCGCCGCCCCCCUCCUCCCCCAUCCAACGCCGUUUGCAAUAUAAAACGCCCGGCGAAAAUAUAUUUCGCGCACGAGGAAAAUAAAACGCAACGGGCGCGCGUACCCGCCGCCGAGCGCGUAUACGCGUACGUUAAUUGGUGCGAGCGUUGUGCUCGCAGAUCACGUAGGUACCGGUAUUACAUACGCCGAGCCGGCGGCAGCGGCGUAAACCGCGAAAAGUUGAUUUCGCAUCCGCUCCCCGCCCCACCGCCGCCCCUCCCUCCCCGCGCAGCCGUGUUCCCGAGUAGGUGUGUGUGUAUAUAUAUAUAUAUAUAUAUAAAUAUAUACACACACACAGAGAGUAUUUGAUCUUCUUUUGGCCAUUAUCGCCCGGGUCAGUGAACAAUUAUAUCCGCGUGGGGGGAGUGGGGGAGGCCGUGCGCAGGACCGCGUAUAACCGCCGCCGGAGCAAAACGAAAAAAUAAAAAAAAAAAAAAACUAAAAAAAUAAACAGUAUAUACCAUACGCGAAAACGCAUUUUCCGGAGCCCGUCGUAAAUAUUAUGUAUUAUUAUUAUUUUAAAACGGUUUCUCCGAGUCGCGAGACUAUUGCGCCGGCAAUAUAAAAUAGUAUUUAACGGUCCGCGGUGAUAGUUUUUUUUUUUUUUUUUUUUUACAAACGUAAACCUCGGUAUAACGCAAACAAUAAAAAAUAUCGUUUAUACAAUCGAAAGGUCUUGUAGCGAUUUUAAACGGGAAAUUUAAUCGGUUUUAAUUUUUGUAUUUGUAUAAUACAUGCAGAAGGGCCUGCAGCGCACGAUCGGUUAUUCUUUUUUGCUCGAAACACGGUUUACAUGGUGUUAAUUCCUGUCCCGUCCGAUUUUGAUGUAUUUUCGUUUUCGUAUCUAUUUUUUUUUUUUAUUAAAAAUAUCGAUUUACACAUAUGUUACGGAUUUUUUAAAAUUUUAUUCGUAAAGAAUGAAGGUCGCUAUUUAAUCUCGAAUAACACGAAAUAAAUAAUAUUGUACCGUCUCGUCCGUGUAAAUUAAAAAUGAAUAUAAUAUUGUAUACCUCAAUUGUUUCUCAUAGAUAGUGUUUUUGUUUUUAUUUUUCACGCUACGCGUACAAAUUCCAUAGAAUCACGCUCAAUCGAACGCAGUGACGUGUCCAAGGUUUUUCAAUGGGAGGAGAUGUAGCAAAUAAUUACCAUGAGCCUGACUCGUGAAUAAAUCGUAAAAUCUUUUUCUGGCACACGCCUACCCAGACAACGAGAAUCUGCGUUAUCCAUUAAAUUCCCUUCCGCAUCUUACUUUUCCGAUUUCUCAUCUACAACAGUGGCCUGCCCGUCGUGCGAAGUAUGUCCGUAUCUUUUUUGUCUGUUAUUUACGUAAUUUUUACGGUUUUCGAAACUCUUCGUUAAAUAUCGCCUGUAUGAGACUUACUUCUUAAAUGUCGGUAUGUUGUGACCUCUCCGUAAGCUAGUAACAACAUCACACACACACACACACACACACACACACACACAUACGUACAGGUAAUAGUAUACGGAAAACGCGUUAAUGCAGUCGUGACGUUUUUCCAAAACACCGCCAUUAUACCCGUAUACAACUCGGAUUAUAUUCUCAUUUCGGAAUAUUUCGCCCGGUGGUGUAACCGGAUCGUCCCGAAUUAUGUUUAUUUGAAGAUUCCACAAUGGACGAUUGUGCAUUGAUAAACUCACGGCCGCGUAUCUCACAAAACGUUACCGCUUGUUGUUAUAAUAUUAUUAUUUCUUAUACGCGAAAUUCGCCGACAGUUGUGCACGACCGCGGGAGUUUUCAAACGCGGAGAUUACAUUACGUAUAUUAUAAUAUGCAGGAGGAUGCCGCGGUUUAUCACGGACCGGCACACAGUGGUCUGAAUCGUAAUUUAGCUUACCUAAAAGUCAAUUUUAAAAUUAUGUCAAAUAUGAUUUAUAUUAUAUAAUACCUCCCCACAGCCCCCCUAACUAACAGGUCAAUUGAAAUUAAAAUUGCAAACUAUACGAUUUCGAUUCAUUCGAAUAUUUUUAUGAAAACAUAAUUGCAGAGUCGUGAGUUUUGAAUGUUAAUUAUUGUCGAAACGUGUUUACGAGGUAUACCGCGGGAUAAAAUAUGAAAUUUUUUAAAUAAUAUAGCGAAUGACGACUGUCCGUAAAUAAAUUAAUAUGCUUAUAAAUUUGUACGAUAAUACCUAGAUAAUAUUGUUUAUUAUUUACUAAUACAGGCACACUUAUUGUGAAUACUUAUUUAUUUAUUUACGGUUUGAACCCGGUAUAAAGUGCUCACGCGGCGGAAUCGCGAGCCUCAGGGGAACUUGGCAGAUCCUUUGGACCGGAAUUGAAUUAGUAAUAUUAUACCAUGUUCUUCGCAGAAACGGCAAAAAUUAACCUCCUUUUUGGAUUAUAUAUAUCAUUAAAAUUACAAUUUUUUUUUUCUUCAUAAAAACUAAGUCUUCAGAUUGUCAUCUCGUGAUAAAUGCACCGAAAAAUAUAAUAUUAUACUACAGAGAGCGGAAGAAAAUAUGUAGUAUAUAGUAAAAUACUUACCUUAUCGUGAUGAAAAAAACCAAUUCUCUUGUGCUGUUUGCGUCAUCGUCGUCGUCGCCGUUGUAUUUCUCUGUAAACUAAUUUAUUGAUGAUAUUGAUCAUUUUACGGUUCGCAGAUAUUUCUGCCCGUCCCCUUUUCUGUCGACACGCGAAGUUCCUAUAAUUUAUUAUGUAGUCGUGCUUAAAAAAAAAAAAAAAUAAAUAAAUAAAUAAUAAUAAUAAUAUUCGAGGCGAUAGAAUCUUGUGCAAGAUCACUGUUUGUUUUAUUUUUGUUUUCUGCAAUAAUAAUUCUAUUGGAAUAAUAAUGCUCGAAACAACUCAGUUUCGAGUCGAGAUAAUGUCUAUAGGUCUAUUGGAAUAUAUUUGAAUAUUCGAAAAUAUUUGAAUUUUUAAUAUUAGAAUAUUUGUAUAGAACAAUAUUAGCAAUUUACAAUGUUUAGGUAUUUAAAUCAAUAUUUGUACUUGAACUUGUAUUCAUUUUCUAUGUUUUAAUUAGUGUUAAGUGUACUGAUAAUUAUCAUUUAAGCUAAAAUCAAUGCGCCUUUUGCCCAGUUUAUGUUAAUACAGUGAUAUCGAAAUUUAUUAAUACAAUAUACAGAGUGAUUCACGGAUAUAUAUAAAUAUAAUAAUGCACUUUUGUUCUCCAUGAAUCACCACCCUGUAAUUUAUGAUUAUUGUUGUGUAUGUUUAGGUUCUAGCGGACGUGUAAUGUAUAGACUAUGCUGGGACAAAUAACGCUACACGGUAUACUAACAUGUGUCAUCGCCGUGAUAAUAUUCAUUUUUCAGUCGCUAAACUAUUUGGUUACAGAGUUAAAAAAAUAUGUUGCAAGAAACGAACGUAAGUCAGUUUUGUUCAAAUAGUGGUACCUUAUAUUAUAAUAUAAUUUGUGAUUCGUUUCAACAUGAACAACACUGAAACUUGGUAAAUAGGUACCUAAUUUACAUAGACGCAAGAAAAAACACACUUUACUAUAGGAUUUGGGGUGGCGGCAAAUGCUCUCAUUAUUUCUUUUCUGGACCCACUUCUAUAAUAAUAUGUCAUGAAGUUUUGAUAUUAUUCAACGAAUACUAUACCAAUGUGCUAUUUAACAAAAAUACCUAGUCAAUUAAUAUUUUGUUACUCAAAACAAUAAUAAUAAUCGUAUUAAAUAUUAUUAAAUAGAUUAAAAAUAGUAACCAUUCAUUGAAAAGCGUUUAAAUAGUUUAUUUAUAUCUUCCGUAAGUUUCGCGGUAGACUUUAUGAUGUUUUUCGUCUGUUGAAAUUGAAAAUGCGUUUUACACAUUGCACUGGGGCAAAGGAAAGUUGUUGAAAGUUUGAAAAGCCUACGGGAAGUCGGGGACAAUAAAAACCGUGGAAGAAAAAUAUUAUUAUUACAUAGCACCUGGUCAAACAUGAAACGACCUUUUUUCUUAUACGAGAUAGUUUUAUUGUUGGAACACGUCCGUUGAGUGGAAAAAAAAAACCUAAACCAAUAAAAAGGAAUUCGGUUAUUGGAAAAUGUUUAAAACUUAUACGAUUUAGUAGUUGUAGAUAGAAUUUCGAACAAUUCAAUACACAAAAAUAAACCUUUUCAAUUUUAGUUAGGCUAUUUUUAUUUUUAUUUUCAGACGGAGAAAAAAUCACUUCUAUUGUGAUAGCAGAUACGACAAUAUCGUCUGAUUUAAAACCGAAUAACAAUGCACUUGAAAAUUGUAUUAUUGCGCAAGAUCUGAUUCAAAAACACUUUGACAUUCCUCUGGUAAGUUUAAAAUAAGAGAAGGGAUUAAAAAAAAAUUUAGUACUCACCUAUUUUAUUCUUGAAAUUACUUGCUUCGUUUUAUUUUCAUGUGAAUAAUACAUACCUAGUGUCUGCCUAGUUAAACAAUCUUCUGUUAGUCAAAAUUAUUAACAGAAGACUUACAAUGUUCUUGAAUUACAAAUUAUUUAAUAAUUAUUCAUCAAAAAUAUAAUAUUACACUUAUUUUUGUGUUAAAUAGUAUCUGUUAAAUUUUUUUGGGUAUGAUGUUUUUAAACUACUACAGAACGACAAAUUUAAAUUUUGAAAAAAAAAAUUGAAUGAAAUGUAUAGGCAUUUUUAUUUGUAUAUGUUACUUUGAACGUCCGCAGUUUGUGAAUGCUGACCGUCACUGGUUAAUGUCGUCGUACACCAAAAACAUUGAUGAAUGUUGGCAUAUUGAUUAAAUUUGUACUGUUUGUUAAUAUUCACUAGUGAAUGUCGACAUUGGACAAAUGAUAUUGGUGAAUAUUGGUUUUGCCGAUAUUUUUUUUAAAUUUAAUCUAGGAAUAACGGAAAAGUCAAAAUAAUACAGUAUUAUUAUUAUGAUAAUACUGUAAUAGUAGACCUUCUACCUAUAGUACUCACACAAUAUUCGGUAUUGUAGAAGUUGAUAAUUUGAUAAAAUGUUUUAUUACCUUGCUCAACUAUUUUUAUUAUAUCUGAAUAACAGUCAUGCUAUGCUGCCUCGCCAACAUUUAGUAUGAUUUUGUCAUUCAAUACAGUUAUAUAUUUUAUUGUAUACUAUUGAUUUGUACAAUAACCAAAACAUUUUUUAAAAUGGAAAAUGUACGUGAAGUAUUUUAUAAUAAAUUUAAUAACUUGGUAUCUAAUAAAAGACAUGAUAUAUUUUUUUUUUUCUAUUGGCUGAAAAAUAUAAACUUUUUAUUAGCUAAGUGAACAUUUGUUCUUUGUUACCUAUACAAAAGAAAAUUCUUAAAUUUAAAAUUAAUCAAAUUUAUCAAUUGGUAGACAAAGAUAUACACGAUGCAAUUACAGAUCAAAGCGCAAAAAAGUGUGGUUGUAGAAAUGUUGCUAUUUUAUAACAAUUUAUCAUGUUUUUAAAAAAAAAAAUUUUAUAGAGUAAAAUAGUCAUGAUUUAAAUAAUGCAAAUAUAAUAUUGUGAAAUAAUAAUAAUUCAUUGAUACAAUUGAACAUGUACUUAUUUUAUACUUAGUGAAAACUUUUUUUAACGAAACUCUUUUUAACAAAAAAUUUUAUGUAACGUGUAAAUUACUUAAUAAAAAUUGGUUUGAUUUAUAACCCAUGCAAUAGUUCUUUAAUCUUUUCUAUUUCGAAAACUCUUUAUAACAAAAGAAAUCUUUUGGUGCCAUAAAAUUCGUUUAAAGGGUUUUCACUGUAUUGCCUAUAGUCUACACUAAAUUUUUUGAGAAUACGUAUGUCAACAUUAACCAAAACCGUGUUGUGUAUGUCAACAUUGAUCAAAAACCUGAUGUAAAUGUCCACAUUUUUUCAAUUAUUCAGUAUUCACCAAUUUAAGAAGUGUAUGUUUACAUUCGCUAGAUAAUAUUCAGCAUUCACUAAUAAAGAUAUUUAUGCAAUUGUAUAUUUUGUGUAAUGUGAAUUAAAAAUAUUUGUAUAAAUUCAACCUUAUUAACUGACUAAUUAAUUAACUUUAUUUUUAAUAAUACACAUUUAGGACCGAGGUGAUUUAGGUUGAUUUAGGUUAGAGCCUAUAAUUUGGACAACUUAAAUGAUAUAAUUGUAGAACUUCGUAUUAUAAAAAUAAAUUGGGAUAAAAAUUAUUGCUCAUCAAACCUAUAAAAAAUAUAUUGAUUUUUUUAUGAAGUUAUCUAAAUAUAAUAUCUAUCUAAUCGUAAUUUAUAAGUUAUUUAAAACGGAGCAGCUCAUUUGGGUCCAUCACAACUUUUUUAAAACCCAUCUGCAACCAAAAUAUUUCUAAUAAAAACGUGUUAAAACCGUGUAACAUUGUUGACCUGUGCUAGAAUAUGCUGUUAUAUGCUGCAAUAUUAUUGCAAACUUUUAUCACAUUAUUUUUAGGUUUUACGUUAUACCCUUAUCGAUAUUAUUAUCGAUAUGUUUGUAUUAUUGGUCAAUUUUAUCUUAAUUGCACUUCAUGACAUGUCAUGUUGUUCUCUCUGUAAAUCCAUUGUGAAAUGUUAUAAUAAUUACAUGUAUUUACAUAUUUGUCGCCUUUUAAUUUCAAAUUUGUAUACUAUUUAUACCAUUUUAUUUUUAUAAGAUUGACUAUUUAAAAAUAAAGGAAGUAAAUAAAGACAGUGAAAUCUAGACGAAAUGAAGAGAAACAACGUAUAGAAUUUGCCUGUACAACUUGGACUGAAUACGAGAUAAAAAAUUUAACCAGGGUACAAUAUUUAAAAAAAUGUGCAUAUAAAUUUGGAGGGAUUGAUUUAUAAUGAAGUAUUUAUUAUAUUCAUUUUUUUUUUUAUUAUAAAUCUGUAAAAAAAAUCGACAAUAUUUAUUUUUAUAACAAUUGCAUGUAAAUACAUAUUUACCGUUUUUUUUUUAAAAUUUAAAAUUUGUAUAUUAUUGAUUAUACCAUUUUAUUUUUGUGAGAUUGAUUACAAUGAAUAACAAUUUGUGUGAAUUAAUUAAGUUCUGUUCAAUUAAUAAAUCCUGUAUUUUAAGUGGGUUAUUGUCUUAUUAAUUAAUAUUUUUAAACACAAAAUGUUGAUAAAAUUAUGAAAUUUAAAUUAUAGUUUUAAGAAAAUUAUUAUUAAAGUAUUAAAAUCUACUAAUCUGUUUAAUCUACGUAUCUAUUUUCUUUUUUAAGAUUAAUUUGUUUUUUUUUUUAACUUUUCGUGUAAAUUGCAAAAUCAAUAUAUACACAUUACAUGAUAUGAUCAAAAUUAAAUGACUAUGAGGAUUUAAUCAUGACACGGCAACGAUGUAUGCGAAAUUGGUGCAUAUGGGCUAUACAUUGGCAGGUAGUACCUUAUCUUUCGGACGCAUUUGUCCACAUCCCUAGGGGCGCAAAUGGGCCAUAGCUAUUUAGAAUAUCAUUUUAUACAUUGGUGGGUACUUAAUCUACAUAUUCGUUUUUAAAUGUCAAGUGUUACCGCUUAUAAUAUGCUUAUUGUUACCAUAAUUAUAAAUUAUAUAUAUUUAAAUAAAUGUUUUAAAAAAAGGUAAUAUAUAUUGGAAUAUGUAAGAGAGUAAUUUUUUUUUUAUUUUUCAGUUAGUUGCAGAGAAUGAGUCAAAAGUGGAUGAUUUGAUUAAAAAUACUCAAACCUUGAUUACACGCAAAGAAAAUAAUGAAUUUGUCGAUCACUUAAUUGAUAAUUCUUAUAUAGCACGUGGCUUGGGUUUGAUAGCUGCUACUGUUGGACGUGAAACAGAAUUUUAUUUAUAUUCAAGAUAUAGUAAUAGUUUCGAAAAUAUUGUUGUUGAACUCAAAGGACGGAAUGGUGAAUCUGGUAAACUUACAAUAUCAAAACGAAAUUCCAUCAGUUCUAUUGAACUAACAUCGAUUCCCAUCAGUUAUAUUUAUGAUGAAGAUAGAAUAAAAGUGACGUAUAUACCGUUAACGGAGGGUGUGCAUACGUUAACAUUAAUUCAAAACGGUUUAUCAAUUUGUCGUUCACCGUAUUAUGUAUCAGUAGAUAAAAGUCCAACAAAUUCCAGAUCUCGGAUUCGGUUAGGUACGAAGAAAUACAGAAUGGCAAUGAAGUCUGACAAAGGAAAUUAUAGAAAUAUUGAAACCAAAGACAAAAUUAUUAAUAAUAUCAAUCAUACAAUCGAAUCUAGUAAAACAACUGUUAAACAAGAUAUACUUCCAGCAUCUAAAGAAAACUGUACAGGAACAGAUGUCAUGUCUAUAGUAACUAAAUUUGAGUCUAAAAGUUCUGGAGUUAGAAAAAAAAUUCAAAAACGUAUGAUUAGCAUCACUGAAAGAAGUCAUGAAUAUGAUUUAAAUGAUGGAAAUUCAACUUCAUUGGAUGUGAAACCGGAAAUUGAAACACAUCGAAAUUAUGAAAAAAAUAAUGUAAAUAUUAAUCAUGAAAACGAUAAAUUGAAUUAUAAAAAUAUUAUUGAUAUCAAUAAUUAUAACAAGCAAAAUAAAUUUACAAUCAAACCCAAAGAAAAUAAUGAAAUUAUUAACGAUAUAACCCAAACAGAAAAUGUGUUACCAACUUUACCAAAACACAUGAGCAGUGUAAUAGUUCACGGUAAAGAUAAUGAGAAUUCAAAUAUAAUAGGAGAUUACAGCCAAAUAUUCAAGUUUAAUGAACCAUUGGGACAAAACAUUAAUGAAAUAUCUAUUGAGUCUGUUAAAGUACUACCAGAAAUCUAUAGUACUAACAGUGAACAAUGUACAGCAAAUGAAAAUUUUUAUUUUGACGAGGACAAAAAAACUGAAAUUUUAAUGGAAAACAUAAAAAACCUAGAGCUAAAUACUAAUGAUUGUAUAGAUAAAAAAAAUACAGACUCUGUAUUAAACAAUAUUGAUUUCCCUAUUGAAAGUAUAAUUGCAAGUAUAACAAAACCAAAUAGAGUUUGUGAAAAAUGUUCUAAAGAGUUAUUAGAAAUAUUAUCAGUGGUACCUAGAAACAUCAAUAUAAUACAACAUGCAAAUUCAAAUGAUAAUUGUCCAAAAAUUGAAAAUAUUCUUGAACAACCUAACAAAGAAAAUAAUGGAUUUGAAAAUAUUAUAAAAAAUAUGAAUGAGUAUAAAAAUGAAUACUUUGAAAAUGGCAACUCUGCAAAUUCAAAAUCUUCGAUCACAAUAAUUGAUAAGCAUAUAAAAUGUCAUUUACAAAAUCAAACUGAACUCUCAAAUUAUAAUUCUGAUGAACUAUGUAACAACACGAAUAAUUCUAAAAGUACGGAAGUAAUAAUCAAUACAAAUGAAUACAAUGAUGAUAAAAUUAUUGUAGAAAAUAUACCGAAUACAAUUACAUCCACAUGCAUUAAACAAAGUUUAAAAGUAGAUGAAUCAAAAUAUCAGGAAUAUUCAAUAUCUACGAAUACUGAUCCAAUUUAUGAUUCAGCUAAUAAAAUAGAACAAACCCAAAAUUUAGAAAAUCCGACAAAUCACAAUACAAAUAUAUUGAAGUCAAAUCAGUGUAAUGAAAAUAUCAAUACAAAUUUAAAACAUAAUUGUAAAGAAUGUGAUUUAACUUUAAGUAUGCAUAAUUCAUCAAUAAUAAAUAAAAUUGAAAAACAAAAUGAAACAUUAGAUACAAAUGAAUUAAAAUUAAUCAACAAAGUACUAUCUUCAUUUAACGUACCAGUUCCUGAGACUACAGAAUGUGAAGAAUUAUAUCAUGAAUCACAAAUAAACAAUAUUUGUGAAACAGAUGAACAAACUAUAAUACUAUCUUCAAACCAAGAUAUUAACCAAAAAUUAAUGAUUGAAAAAUUGAUUGAACCUGUACUAAAUAGUUUUAAAAUUAAUAUGGUUGAACAAAUUGUACAAUUAUAUUUAAAUAAGAAUUUAUCAAACCAAAAUAAUAUUCAACUACUCGAAAAUAAUUAUACAACACCAUUCAACGAAUUACAUGAAUUCCCAUCUAAUAACCACACAAAUAAUGCACAGUUAAAACAUGAAAAUAAAAAUGGUGAAAAUGAAAUCAAUGAAAUAUCUACAAGUCUAGUAGACAACAAGUCAUUGAAUAAUGUAAAACAUAUAAUUAAAAGUAAUAUAACUCAAAAUGAUGUAGGAAGUAUCUGUGAAACAGAAAUAUACUCAAAUAGCAAUCAAUAUAAUAUGGUAAACUGUGAUAAAAACAUAGAACAAAUAAAUUGUAUACAAUCAAAAAUACUUGAAACAUCAAUAACAAAUAAUACUAAAGAAAUAGCGAAAGAUAAACAAAAAGACGAAAAAUUUGAAAAAAUCAAUAAUGUUAAAAUGUGUACAGACAAACUCGAAAAAAUAUCAGAUAUAGGAAAAGUAGAUCAUGUACCUGCUUCGAAAUUAGAAAGAAUUGCCGAAACAGAAAAAAUAAUUGAAUCAAAUUUAGAAAAAGAAGAAACUAAAUAUAAAACUCCGAAACCAUGUGAUAUAAUAUUAGUAGAAAAUAUAAAAGCAAUUGAAUUAAAUACUACAUGUAACACAUCAAUAUCUAAUUCAUCUGAAACUGGUAAAAUAGAAGAAUCUAUUAAAGAAGAAAUAGAAAUUUUACAUUUUAAAAAACCAGAUGACGCUCAAACAUCAAUUAUUGAAUUAAAAACUACACCAAAAUCAAAUGUAGUAAAUGUUUCAGAGAUCACCACAAUUAACAAACCAAAUGUAAGAGGUAUAGAAACUACAACUGAAAUCACGGAAUAUGAAAAUACCGCUUCAGUAAAAAAACCAUCAAUAAUACCAAAUGAUUCUAGAGAGCUAGGUGCAUCAAAUAAAGUUGAUUUAAAAAAUAAAACGUUUACUAUAAUAUCAAAUAAUAAUGAUUAUAUAGCAGUAGAUAAAAAUACUAUAAGGGAAAAAGAAAUCAAUAAAGUAGAUGGUGAAAAAUCUGUAAUAGACAAAAUAACUGAAUUAAAAUUACAGCCAAUUAAUUUAACAGAUAUUGUUGUUACAGAAAAAUUUACUUCAGAAGAUAUAAAAACUAAACCUCACAAAUUACUUUCAAAUAACCCAACAAUAGUAAAUAUAGAAAUAAAAACUACAGACACACAAUCGUUGUCGAAUACCACAGUAAUUGUAUCAGUAGAACAACCAAACACAAUAACUAUACAAAAUAAAUCUGAUAUUCCAGUUUUAAGCCUAAACAAAAAUGUAUUAACAACAGAAUCAAAAUCUAAAAAACAAGACUUCGAAAAACAAACUACAAAUAUUCAAGAACCGUGCGGCUUAAAUGUCGUUAUGGAACCAACCAGAUUACAAGAUGAACAUAAAUACAUACUACACAAAAACUAUACAGAAACUACACCAGAAAAAAAUCUAGAAGAUAAUUUAGAUUUAUUAAUUAUUAAAGAACCUAUUAAGACUAAAACAGAUAUUGAAACAAUAGAUCCAUUAUCAGAUGAUAUCCCAUCGGUAAAUGACGUAAAAGAACAUGAAAUUGAUUAUGAUAGUAUAAAUACAAUUUCGAAAAUUAAUGAAGCGCAUUCAGAUUUACUAGAUAAAAAUUCAGAAAUAGAACAUACAUCAGAACCGAAAAUAAAUAAAUGUAACUUUAUAACAAAUGAAGACACCAUCAAGGUUAAAACAGAAAAGGAAACAGAGCAAACAUUAUCAAAUGAUGCUUCUUUAAAAUCAGUUGAAAAUGUAAGUGAAAAUAAUAUUGAUACUAUACAUGGGAAUUUAGUAAAAAAUGAAGCACAAUCAGAAUCAAUAAAUACUAAUAAUGAAAGAAAAUUAGAACAUACCUCAAAAAGCUUAUUAGAUAAUAAUGACUUAGUAACUAAUGAUGAAUCAAUUAAGGAUAAAACAGUAGAUCCAUUAUCAAACGAUAAGGAUUUAUUAGCAGUUGUACAUACAAGUGAAAUUGAUAUGGAAAAUGUACGAGUAGAACUACAAAUCACAUCAAAAAUAAUAAAAGAUAAUAGUUUUGGAGAAUCCAUCAAUGUUACAAUGUUAACUGAGACAGAAGACCGAUUAUUGAAAGAAAAAAAUGAUAAUAAAAUUGAAACUGACACAGCUGCUAUGCAUAUAAAUCCUGUAGUACUAGUUGAAAAUACUAGUGAGGUUGAUGUUGAUACAACACAUGAAGAUGGGACAUUAAUAGUUUGUCCAUCAGAAAUAUUAGUAAAACAUAAUAAUCAAGUAGAAUCAGAAAAUGAAUUAAAUAUAUUAGAUGAUAACACUGAUUUAGUUGAUAUUAAAGAAUUCAUUAAAGCUAAAGUAGAUAUUAAAACAGUAGAUCCAUUAUCAAAUGAUAUUCCAUUAGAAACAAUUAUAUAUCAAAUUAAAAAAGCUAUAGAAACUAAUAACGAUGCUCACUUCACAAUUUGUUCUCAAUCCGAAUCAAAAGAUGAACUUAUAAAAUCAGAAAAAGGAUCAGAAAUAAAUAUAAUUAAUACUGAUAAAAUAAAUAAAAACAUAUUCAAACAUAAGUCAGAUAUGUCAACACAGCAUCAAUUAAUUAAAGAAGAAUCUGAACUGCUAGACAUACACAGUGAAUCACAAACAAUCAAAUCAUUAGAGUCAAUAAUCGACCAUAAUCAAUUUUUACCUAAUAAAGAACAUAUAAAAGGUAAUACAGAUAAUAUAAUACCUGUGAGUGUUUUAGCAGACAAUGACCAUAUAAUGUCAUUAGAAAGUCCUAGUAAAAUUGAUAUUUAUACUAAACAUAACACUUUAGUAAUAAAUGAAGUUCAAUCAAUAUCAAUAAAUGAUAGACAAAACAUAGAAUCAGAAAAUAUAUCAAAAAACAUACAAGAAGAUGAAAUAGAAUUAGUAAAUAAUGAUGAAUCCAUCAAGGAUAAAAUAGAUAUUACAAUAGUAGAUCCAUUAUCAAACGAUACUACUUUAUUGGCAGUUAUAAAUUCAAGUGAAGCUGACCCGGAAAAUGCACAAGUCGAAUUACAAACCACAUCAGAGAUAAUAGAAGAUAAUAAUAUCAAAGAAUCCAUCAUUGGUAAAAUCAUGACUGGGAAAGUAGAUCAAUUAUUCUCUGAAAAAGUCGAAGAACAAAAUGAAACUGAAAUAGACGCUAUAAAUACAACUCAUUUAGUUACAGUUGAAAAUAAUAGUGAAAUGACAAUAGACACUAAACACGAAACUCAUGUUAAAAAUUAUUCUCAACCAGAAUUGAUAGAUGAACUUCCAAAAAUAAACAUUUCAUCAGAGGUGAUAAUAACAAAUACUGAUCUUGUACCUAAUAAAAACCCUAUUACGGCUAACACAAAUAUGGUAUCAGAGAUAUCAUUACCAGACGUUAAUCCUUUAAUACCAGUUGAAAACAAAAGUGAUGUUGGCAUCAAUAAUGUAUACAAGGUUGGGAAAUGUACAGAUUGUCCAUUUGAAUCACUAGUUAACAAACAUAAUCAAAUAGAAUCAGAAAAGUUAAAAAAUGAUACAAGCUUAGAUGAUAUUGAAGAAUCCAUUGAGGCUAAAACAGAUAUUGAAGAAGUAGAUUCAUUAUCAAACGAAGUCCCAUCAGUAAUGAUUGUAAAUGAACAUAAAGUUGAUAAUACCAAUAUUCAUGAGAUUUCAGUAAUUAUUGAAUCACAUUCAACUUUACUAGAUAAAAAUGCAGAAUUAAUAACCAAGGAUGCUAAGGAUGACACAGAUAUGACAAUAGAACAUGUGUUAUCAAAUAAUACUUCUUUCAAACCAGUUCAAAAUGAAAGUGAAAUUGUUGUUGAUACUACACCUGGAACAUUGGCAAAAAUUGAAGCUCAAACAAAAUCAAUAAACACUAAUAAUGAAAUAAAAUUAAAAUCUACCUCAAUAAGUGUAUUGGAUGGUGAAGCCUUAGUUACUAUUAAUGAAACUGUCAAAGAUAUAAUAGAUACUGAAACAGCGGAUACAUUAUCAAACGAAAACAAUUCUCCUUUGACAGCGUCGGUUAUGAAUAUUAGUGACACUGAUAUAAAUAAUGCGCACAUGGAGUUAGAAAGAACAUCGGAGAUAUUAGAAGAUAAUUUUAAUGAAGAAUCCAACAAUGCUAAAAUGAUGACUGGAACAUAUGACAAUGAAGAAAAAAUAAUAAAUCUGAAUGAAACUUUACAUAAAACUUCUUUCAUACCAGUUGAAAAUACCAGUGAAAUAACAAUAGACACUUUACAUGAAACUCACAUUACAAAUCAUUNUAAAUGA